ACAACAACUAAAGGUUGAGUCCGAGCUCUGACGAAGAAACUGAAGAUUUAUCCGACAAGCCUAGGUUGAAAACGUAUCUGAUGGUGAAGGGCUAGCAACAAACGCAAGUCCCUAAGUGUCUGUAAAAUCAAAGACGCUGGAGCAUAAAACUUUGCAUCGCUUUUAUGUAUAUUGCUUGAGUUGAGCAACAAAAAUGGCCGACAACAAUCCUGUUCGAAAUGGCAACAACGAAGCCAGAAAUGAGAUACAGGUCAAUACAAGAGAUCGUUUAUUCCAUGCUAUUUUCAUCAAAGCAGCUGCAGUUUAUAUACGAGUUGUUCCAAAAUGGUGUAGAGCACUACUCGAAUUACUUGUUCUAGCAAAGGCUCUGAUCUUGUUUACAACACUGUCAUAUAUUCAUUUUACCUUCUCAAAAAACCCAAUGGAUUGCCUCGAAAAGUUCAAAGAUAACUGGCCAAGAGAUGGGAUAUUGCAAGUCCAAAUUUUAAAGAAUCAGCCAAAGCCAGUCAUAAAAAAGAAACUCGAUUUGCCACCAUACUUUGCAUCAAGUUGGAACCAGUCCCUUGUGAAGAAUGUGUCAUUGACAGAGACCAAUCAAUGUAGCCCUUAUGAUCAAUUCUAUGAGGAGAGAAAAUCAAAGUUUAAUGCUUCUGAAUCAUAUGAAAUUGAAAUGGACUCAAUACUCAUUGACUCUGUGAUUGAUGAUGAAUACCUAAUGAAAAGAGACACAUACUUCCAUGACAAAGCAUUCCCAGUGAAAAAAGUGAGGUAUCAGCAGCAGCCAACAUACUUCCCCACCAUGCAACAGCUUAUACAUUUUUAUGCCAAUAAGCAAGUGAAGAAUUACUAUCUGAUGGAAUAUGCUUUGGAGUAUGGUUUCCUGAGAUUGUCACAUGAAACAAGGCAGAAACUUAAUAUUACAAUGAAAGUUGUUACCUUGGAUCCAAAGACUGAUAAAUGUUUUGGAGAUUCACUAAGUAGGUUUAUACUUGAUAAACUGCUUGGAUAUGAUGAUCUACUGAUGGCCAGCAUCAAAAGAUUAGCUGAAAAAGAAGGAAAUAAAGGAUAUAUGAAGAAUGUGCUGACUGGAGAGCAUUACAAGUUUGUCACUACCUGGAUGGGAAGGACAUCUUACUUUGUUUCUUUUCUUCUCAUGUUUGUGUUUACAAUAUCAAUUUCUACACUGCUCCGAUUUUGUCAUCAACAAAUUUUUAUUUUUAUUGUGCACCUUCUUCAUGUGAUGGACUGGAAUGCAACUUUGAUGUUCCCUGUUGCACCAAUGUUUACUGUCAUUUUGUCACUUGUUGGUAUGGAAGCUAUCAUGGCAGAAUUCUUCAACGACACAACCACGAGUUUCUAUGUUAUCCUGAUUGUGUGGGCAGCAGACCAGUUUGACUCGAUCUGUUGUCAUACCAGACUUAGUCAGAAAUUCUGGUUAAGGUUCUUCUACUUGUAUCAUUUCCUGUUUUACGCCUACCAUUAUCGCUUCAACGGCCAGUAUAGCACCAUUGCACUGGCGGCGUCGUGGUUCUUCAUUCAGCAUUCGAUGCUUUACUUCCUGCACAAUUACGAGAUACCGGCUAUCGAAGCGGCAUUGAAUGCACAAGGCGGUAACUACCUUGAUGAUGCUGUUGACCUGCUUGUCGACGAAAUGCAAUUUCCACCGAUACCGGACCAUGUGAAUGCCCAGCCUGAAAAUGGCAAUGCACAACCUGAAAAUAGCAGUUCACAACCGGAAGACUCAAAUUCACAACCUGUAAUUGCGAGUUCACAACCGGAAGAUGGAAGUACACUUCUGGAAAUUGCAAUUUCACAAGGGGAAUAUACAAGUCCUCAAACGGAAUAUACAAGUCCACAACCGGAAAAUACAAGUUUACAACCGGAGUAUACAAGUUCACAACCAGAAAGUUUAAGUUCAAAACCUCAAUCCGCAAGUUCACAACCGGGAAAUAUCACGGUGCAGGAUAAUAAUAUCAGUGAAGCGCCUGGAAAUGUUUACACAGAGCCAGUCAUGGAUGAGAAUUCCCAUCCCAGCACUGUUAUGACAAAACGUCAGUCGAGUACGGAUGACACGCGGAUUGGUACAGAUGCAGAGGUUAAUUUUGGUGUUAAUUGUAGUCAAUUUGAAAAAGAGUCUUUUGGUGUGCAUGAAGGCAGUGUAAACGAGGACUGUGCUUUUGUAGAGAUAAAGCACACAGCUGUUGCAUCCAUAAACGUAAAGGAAAGAACUCCACUUGAAAAUGCUUAUGAAAGUAACUUUUCCCCUCUGGAAGAGGGAAAUGCUUUCGUUCAGAGGGACUUUGUCGCCAAUAGAAGUGACAAUGCCCUUUCGAAUAAACAAUCUGAAGAUACUCAGGCUGUCCUGGCGUUUAAUUUACCGCAGUCAGAUGUCGAUGAUACUAAUAAAGAAAAACAAUUAGAAUCAAAACAUUCCUUGCAAAGCACUCUGGGCGAACAUUCUCAUGGCAGUGACGUCACAUCACGUAGUUUUGAUCAUGUCAGUCAACUGAACAGUUCUGAGGAUGAGUCUAAAAGUAUUCAUAAUUUACGAAAUAAUGCAGAUUAAGAUUGAAUUAACUUGCUAUAGUAAUCUCUAGUUUAUCCCCAAAUGUUUAAAAUAUAUUGGUAAAUCUGUUUGCUUUUGUUGAGAUUUUGUUUAUAUUCUACUGUAUAUUAUAAAAUUGGUGACAUUUUCUCAUUGUCUAAAAACCUAUGUCUUAUCAGCCACUAGUCAUUAUUGUUUAAAAUUAUCACUUGGCCUUUCAAAGGACCCUAUCAACACAGCAUUUGGUUUUAAUUGUAAUAGGCCGCAAUUGAAAUAUCAUUCGACCCCCACCACCCUCUGACAGUUUCAACAUAAAAAUUGACCAGUUUUUGUCAUAACCAAUUUUUCCAGUAAAUAAAUUGUUUAAAUAGUUUCAAUAAAUAGUUUUCAGAAUCUCAAAGCAUUUCGAAUCUAUAAAGUUCUUAUCCCUCAUUUUCUUAGAGUCGGAAGGGUGUUGUCGGACAUUUUUUCAGGAGCUUCACUUCAAGCCUCUAAUGUCGUUUUAAUUGUUGUGAUUAAAUUUGUUUAAGAUAAAUGUCUCAAUCCGAUCAAUAAUUGCGCUUCAAAAGAUCUGCAUCAUCUCCAUUCUCUCCUGCAACAGUAUUUGUAAAUGUUCAUUUUUGUCUUUACUGAAUUAAUCAUUAUCAAACACUGGUAAAAGACUUAAAUGCUAUAGACACAGAUCUUAUUAUAAAGAAUAAUGAUAAUUUCAUUAUGUAUUUAUUUGCAUUUGGUUAACCGUUUAUUGCUUCAAAGUUACUCAAUAUUAACGUAUUUACACAAAUACUGUUAAACAAUUCACAAUCGCAACCCUAACCUGCCUUAAAUUUAAACGAUUUGCCAAAAAUAUGCAAUGUUUUGCUGCUUUUAAUUACAUCACAUGUGCUGUUCUAAAGUAUGCUAUACUACGCCUGAAUGUUUCUGAAUGAAAAUGUAUGAAUAUCUUUAAAUUUCAAAUUUUAACUAAUAACGUCAAUCAUGCGCUUCUGCUGGUUCUGAGUACAAACUGCUUUUAUAUUGCUCUUAUCGUAAAAGUUAUCAAAUUAAAUUGUAAUCUUCUAAAAACAUCAAAUUAAGAGUGGUGCCUGACGGUCAAUGUGAUAUAACCGAUAACGUUAGGUUACCUUCCUUUUAAGUGGAUCAAGAAUCUUGUCACCCCGCGAAAGGCACUUGCACGUUUUCUUGCUUUUAUGAAUUGAGAUUUAAAUUAGCUAUCUCAUUUCCCCUUGCAGUCAAUAAUCACGAAGUUUGUUCAGCUGCAGUAAGUACUAUCUUGUAUUUUUUCAUAAUCAUUCCUUGGCGACUGGAAAAAAAGCAACUGCAUGAUAUAUAUAUUCUCACCAAUAAAGCUGCUUUAAUGAGAGCUCUUUGUAAAAAAUAUGCUGAUGUGAUUUUCAAGAGAAGUGGAACAUGGAUUGAACCUUGCAGUACAACGUGUAUAAUUCCGAUUCACGAGUUCUAGGUAGCAUUAAUUCUGACCCCUUGUUUUUCAGAUGCUACAUUGUCAGAAAAAUGUCACUGACUACCAGUGUCAAUACCAUCUUUAUUGUGAGGAAGCCAUUGCAUACUACAAGUCUCAAUCUGUUGAAUUGUGUCACGAAAGGUUCUCAUUGAUAUCACUUGGCUGCCUGGUGAAGAAUUAAACAACAGGCCAAUGGUAUUGCUAAGUAGGUUUGUUGAGCAGGUCUAAAGCCAAAACCCGCAAACAGUUUUGUCUUAAAGACUUUUUAGAGAGCUUUGUGUAGAAUUUCUGGCCCUCGAAAUUUCCAGCCUUACCGAAUGAAAGGAAUUGUCGCAGCUUAAAAGAAGAUUUUUAAACUCCCAUGCUUUGGCUAUGGCUAUGCAGACAAUGAGACACAGGAUAGGCAAAGUGUCAUUUGUGGGAAUAAAUGAGAAAACCAACGCAGCUGAAUAUCGCGUCAGGCUGACGGGAUCAAACGAAACACGCUGUUGAGCUGAAAAAGUUUUAAAAAGCUAUUGCAUAUGCAGAGAUGAUGACAGACUCUGCUGUUGCCUGUUUUAAUGACAGGUUACACUCAUUUCUUUUAUAAGAAACUGGCUAUAAGAAACGAGUACUGGACAGUCAGAAAAAAUUAAGAAACUCCAGUACUCGAAGCCAAAAAAUUAAGAAACUAUUAAAUCUUGCUGAAAACUGAGAACAACGAAAUUUUGUAAAAUCCAAGAACAUGAUUGCCCUGUUGGCCAAGAACUUAAGACACAAGUGAUGAAAAUAUACUUCCCACAUCUAAAUACAGCAUCAGAAAGGAAGCGAAUCUCUUGACAUGAAAAAAAGGUCACGAACAUUUUAUAACAUCAUUCAUGACAUCAUAAUUAAGAAACUCUUAAGAAACAAUGAGUAUUGAAAUUUCCAGAACAUUAAGAAACUGGAGUACUCAACAUCGACCUUUGUUUCUUAUAAAGAAAAAUGAUUGUAUCUAUCCCUCGCAUUUCAUUCAACCAACAUGAGAUUCAUGCUUGUAGGUAGAAGGGUAACGUUUACCAUUUAGAAGAUUAAGUUUUUUUUGAUGAACAAAUAAUGAUUACGCAAUAAGAGCCACCUACAGGGAGCCCCAUUUUCUUGUAUUUGUUCCAUGUUUUCCUGCGUUUUUUUCUUGUGUUGAAUGUGUUUCAAAGUAUCGCACAAUCUUUUAGGCGAUGCAAUACGGUGUAAAUAAUACCUUCUAGUACAUCAGUGUAAGCCAUGUGAAUAAUCUGUUAUUAAGGGCUAUGUACAGGAUCAGGUUUGCAGUUAGUCUUGGCUUCAGGUUUGCUUUUAGUUUUCAACUUAGUUUGAAUAAUAACACAUGCUAUGGACAAUAGAAAUUUUGUUUUUAUUUUCAAGAAAAGAAUGAUGUAGAAAGAUUUCAAAAUUAUUCUCACAUAAUUUAGUUAUUAGAAACGAACUUUCUGCAGAUAUUUAAACUUUACUAAAAAAGGUUGCAUAAUCACUAAAAGAAGCUUCGUACGUAAAAUAGGUCUAUUUUACUGCUGAAGAAAUUAUAUUUUGCAAACAUCUAAUGGUUUUGUAUUGUGAAGCUUACUGUAUGACGAUUUUACUAUAUUUUCCAAAAUAUUUGUUAAUGUCCUUAUGACCAAGCUUACUAAAUUUGCAAUUUAAGGGGCUAGUCGCAAGACCAUAGACGUGGGUAUUUACAUCAAAUUAUGUAAUGUUUUCUCUCUGAUUUAUUUUACAAUCAUUAAAGCAUCCAAUAACCCUCUUUUUUUUCAUUCUUAGCGUUCAGUUCUGUAAACCCAUCUUAGAGUUGCCGUGCACCAUCAUCGAUACCUCCUUUGCAUAACAUGUUUGCUCGUCAUUUUCUGAAAAAGGAUCUGAAAGGAUUUAUUAUUCGAUGAUUGUGUUACUUUGUUCUUUUUAGAUGGCAUAGUAAUCGGACGCUUUAAACCAACCGCAUCAGUUUAUGCCGUGGAAAACCGUAACGGGGUAUGUUAAUGUAUAUUGUUUACUUUUUGCUGGACUUUGUUGUGUGUACAUUUUGUUUCAUCCGAGCUUUGGUUAGGGUGUUUUGUCAAGUCUGCCAUCAGGUCCGUUCAUCCACUCUAAACGGUGGACUUAGGAUCAUUGACCCUAAAGGGGACGCAGAUACACUACAGAUAUAGUUGCGUAUUCUAGAACAUCAAAUGGCUUAAGUAGACAUAGGAGAGAAGCCCAGGGGGAAAAUAUCUGUUGCAGAAAGUGAUAUCUUCGAUGACUCUUAUAUAGGGUAUCUUCAACUUCAAUUAAUUUUUUCAUUAUCCAAGAACCAGUGUAACAUUUCCUUUUCAAUUCUGUUAAAGAUUUCCUUAUCUUCUGAGCCAAAUCCACCGAAUGACAAGAAGGCUGUGGGGCUGUAGUUGCAAAAUCGUGGCCUCGCUUCGAAUAAGAGGUUCCACACGGGAAAGCGAAAACUGGUUCACCAGUAGACACACCUUUUGUUUCUUAUUUUCCGACUUCACUUACUCAAGUUUCUUGGCAAACUUUCAUACAACUAGAGUGGCUCAUAUUAAGAAACUGGUUUGUUCGUUGGUAUGAGCCUUAUUUUUUGUUUUGCAGGUGCACACACACGGACCAAAUAGGGAAUGCAAUUAAAAAAUACAAAAAAGUUAAGCGUGAUUGAUGAUGGCUGAUCAGACCACAGCUUAUUGUUGGUAUGUAUCACAGGUUUGUUUAUGUUUGUUUGAAUUUACCUUUAUAGAAUUAGAGAGAUACUAUUUGCAAUAAUGUUUUUAAAAAUGUCGCAAAAGGGUAUUCCUCGUGUUUCCCCUUUGAUUUUGAGAUAAUUUGAGAUCUCUGUGGCAGUGCAACUUCUGAUUUUUCAUUACUUCUAAUAACAUUUAUUUACGCCCUGCCAUCUCUCCAUAUUGACCAGCCCCGACAGUUGAAUGCUUCUUCAAAUAUUUUGAAAUAAAUCCAAGUUAUAUGCGGUGGCAAUACGUUUCUGUAUUGCUUACCGAACAAUUACAAUGUUAUUAAUAUUAGAUAACUUAGAUAACAAGUUAGUUAUCAAAUAAACGAGGGCUAUUUUUCAAUGCGACAGAUUAUUCCGCCAUUUUGGUAUUUUUGCUGUUUCUUCUUUGCUUGAAUUCAAUUCCACAUUUCACUUUUCGAUCCGGUGGUACUUCAUUUGUGGUCGUGUAUUUUUUGCUCAGAAUAUUCUAUUUAAUUUAUUUUGAUGACUUUAUCUGUAUAAAUGUUUUUCUUAAUAUGACUGUCACUUUUUUGCUGCUCAUCUUGUUCAACUUUCCUUGCCGUUUCUUUGUCAGAGACACGUUGCUAUUGGAAAUUCUAGU